AAGCUGUGUUGUGAAAUGUCGAAAUUAGGAGCAGGCUAGGAUUUUGUGUAUGUAGUUGGGUCGAGUUGGCCGCGCCGCGUUCGUCAUCGCAGCGCAGCGGACCGUGGCGUCAGUGUAUAGUAGCUAGCCUGGCCCAGCCCGCGCCGCCGCCGCCACGCGCGACCAUUCUCAUUCCCCGCCAGUCGCACGACGCACGAACUGUGUACCACGCUCCACUCUAAAAUGUGUCCCGCGCCCACAGUGUGCUAAUUUCCAAGUGUCAGUGUUUGUGAUAAAUAUACCUACACAUUUAAAAACUUUGUUUACCCCGACCCGUUGAAGAUCCCAGAGGAUGAUGGCUCCCGAGACAGUAGUGACCGUAGACCACAACAAACCCACGCCGCAGCAAGCCCCGCCGCAGCAACAGGGCAAACCGCUGGACUGGAUCAAAAUUAACACAGAAUACUUCAAAACGCCACCUGGCCUGCUGAAAAUCAUCGAACUGAUCCUCGGUAUCCUGUGCAUGUCGUUGGCUUCCGCGUGGCUGUCGGCCUGGUUCGUGUUCGUAGCGGUGACCAGCUUCAUCACCACGGUCAUGUGGAGCAUCGUCUUCCUCCUCAGCGUCAGGGAGGCGCUCAGGAUCCCUAUUAACUGGGUCCUGUCGGAACUCAUUAGCACGUCCAUUGAGACGGUGUUCUACUUCAUCGCGUUCAUCGUGCUGUUCGCGGCCACAGCCGCGUACAAUACGAGUUUGUAUAGCUACGGAGCCAACGUAGCGGCUGCUGUAUUCGGUCUAUUCAACACGGUCGCGUACGCCGGCAGCUCGUACCUGCUGUUCCAGGAGCACCGGAGCUCCACCGGCGCGGGCGCCGCGUGAGUCUCGCCCCCUGCCUCCAAGCACUAGCCGCCGGCCACAAAGUGUUUCUCUUCGCAGUUACUCUCAACUGCGAGCUCACCUCUAUUUAUAAAUCUCAAAGUCGUAAUAUUAAGUGUUUUAUGAUUCAAGUAACCUUCUGGAUAUUAAUAGCAUUAAUUAAUAUCAUCGGCAUACUGAUAGUACACUCGGCUAAAAUUAAUACGAACAAAGAAUAGCUGGCGUGGAUUUGAGACUGCAUUGGUAAAGUUUAGACUGUUUUAAUUGCCACCGAGUAGUAAAUAAUCGAUCAUAAAUGUUCAGUUUUUGUGAAACACUCAAACAUUACAUAUAAUUGCCGAUUGUACUUAUUUCAAGCCAUUUGUUUGACUAAUGACUUUAGUUCAAAAUAUCGUUUUUGGAACUGCAUUUUCAGUAACUGUUUCUAUAAUAAAUAAACUUAUAUGGCCAUAUGUUUGUAUAGUAAGGGUAUACUGGUUCUCGAAUAUUGUGUUCAAAGGUACACACAGCUGCAACACCUGCAGCUUAUAGUACGUAGUACCUAUCGCUUUAAAAAAAUAAAAGGAUGUGUAUAACGCAAAUGUCUUACUUAUUUGAAAUAAUAACUUAUGUAGUACUAAUCAUUUCACAUUAUCUUUGGAUAUAAAUAAUUUCAUACCCGCAAAAACACCUGUAAAUAUAGCUAGCAGCAAGCUAGCUAUAUUUACAGGUGUUUUUGCGGCUAGCAAUGGCAAGGAGCAGCAAGGAAACUUGAGAGAAAUCGACUCUCCAUAAGAAGCUAGUUCACAUUUGAAAAUAGUCCAUGGUACGGAAUAUUUUGAAUAUUCAGCGAAUCAAAAGAUUUUAAAGUUUAAUUCAAUGUAGGUAACUCCUUUUACUGUAAGUACCUGACUUAAGUACCUACAGUUUUUUACUUGUAGGUAUAAACAAAAUGUUAAAAAAUUAGGUUUGCUACAUAACUGGAUAUGGAGAGUUUUUUAGGUUUUAAAAUCUUUUGAUGCGAAUUUUGUAUUACCCAAUUACUAUUUUGUUAAUCACAAUUGAAAACUGAAUGGUUUUUAUACUUUUUAACUUAAUUCUCUGUACCUAUGUUAAAAUUUAUUAUUUUAUGGGGUUGUUAUUGAUAUUGUUAGUCCUAGUCUUUAUUAAAAUAUAAAUAUUUACCUAUUUCAGCAAACUAAAAAUAAAUAUUGUAGUUUACCUAAUCACGCUUACAAUCAGUGAUGCAACAUUGACGACAUCUACAUUAAUGUUUAUACCUUACCUAAGCCAUACACACAAUUUAUUUUAAAAAUUAAGUCGUGAUUAGAAUGAACAAUCUGUCAGUCAUUUUAUUGUUUAAAAUUAAUACAGCACUUAAAGGGGGUUGACACGAUUACCUAAGAAUUUUAUUUUAACUGUUUAUUGUGAGUAUAUGCUUAUAAAUAUACAUAUAUGCAGCACAUAUUUAAACUCUCGCAUAAGCACGUGAGAUGAACAUAUCUAUAUCUUACUAUGUACCUACUUGCAAAUAAUAAUAACGGUCCUAUAACAUUUGCAAUUCAGUUUUAACAAACAGCUUGAUUGUGUGUGACUUAACAUUGUUUCUAAAAUGUACCAAACCUUAUAUUCUUAAAUAUAUUUAAGAGAAUGGUAAGUAUUUAGAGAAGAAUAUCGACUGGUAUAAAACGGUGGUUGAAAUAAGGUUAAGUGACUAGAAUCUAGAUCUGUAGUUAUAUUAUUUGUACAAGUAGUUCACUUAUCACAGGUGUUAAUUUUCAAUUGAAUUGGUAAUAAGACAAACAGCAAGCAUUAAGUGUUGUGAACGAGUUUACCUCUAACAUAUAGGUACCCAAUUUAACAUAUCUUACAUUGUCCAAUGCGGUUAUUAAAAUAAGAUAGUUUCGCUUUAAGAUGGAAUGAACGUUGAAACAUUAUUAAUUUAAGACAGAAAUUUUAUACAAACUGGUUAUUAAUUUAAUUAAUGUCAAUAAAAUAUAAUAAAUAUUUAUCGUUUAUAGAAA